AUGAUGCGCGGUGGUGUCUACGCAUUCUCGAGUGGAACGAGAGAUGUGAUUGAGCUGAGGUUGGUUGAGGUUUUAAGAGCUAUGGUGAGAUUUCAAGCUUGUUUUUUGAAGCCCAUGAAGCUAAGGCCAAGGUUGUUUAAGAGGGGUAGGGUAGAUGAGAAGAAGAAUGUGAAGAGCGAAUUGCCUGGUUAG